AAGAAGACAGAAUCAAACUGAAUGAAGUUAUCGAAGAAUGUAAAAGUCGACACGGGGGUAGCCGAUCGUCAGAAACAUACCUACACCGUUUCGGCAAAGUGGUACAAAUAUAAAAACGCUUGCUGAUGUUCAUAAAGAAACUAUUUUGAAAUUGAGAGGAUAUCUGUGGCAAAUGCAGAGGGAGGGAAUAAUCUUGAAGAGAAACCACAAAUUGGAAUUGAAACUUCUCACAACUGGUAAGGAUGGAGAGAAGUCUGAAAAAGCUGAGGAUGACAUUUUCAAGGUUUUACAAGAGGCAAUUGAAAACGCUGUAGAUUCAUCUGGUCUGCCGAUUGUACGGCAUGAAAUAGACAGAAUAUUAGACUGGGUGGCUAAAAACGACGGGAUCGUCAAUGUAGACGUAUACAAACAUUGCAUUAUUAUAUCAAUGAGCUGUGCAUCACCUUCCGGUAUACUGCAUGCCAUCGAAGUGUUUGAAAAUGAAGCAUUCCGACACAUCCUCAGCAAUAUUUCUACAGAUAUGACAAAUGAGCUAUUUGAAACAAUCGCUAUACAUGCAAACUUCACUCUGGAAUCUCUGACAGAAAUUCUGGCAUGCCAAAAUGAUAACAGUGGCGAAAACCAAGGAAUUUCCAUUCCAGUAACUGUUUCCUCGGCAGAAGGAUUAUAUAGAUUUUUUUCCCUGAAUGACAGUCCGAAAUGGUCUGGCAGUGCCGAUCGCAUCGCCGAGUCCCUAUCAAGUCACCAUGGCGAAGCACUAACAGUUGAAAUAACUCGUGAAUAUAAAGAUUCCGAGUACUCAGAACUAGAUGAGGAUGACUACAAUGAAAACCAGGCUGAAAACAAUGACAAAACAGAGAACAAUGCUAGUGUAUUAAACGACAAUGGUUGUGAAGUUAACGAAACAGAAAUGGAAAUCUCACUUGUAAAUAUGGAACAAGCAGAAAAAUCAUAUUCCGGAAAGAAGAUUUCCGAUACCGGUACACCAACAUUGCUCAUGGAGGCUGAACCAAGUACUUCAAAGGACGAUCUCUCUUCAACAAAUGUGAGCAAAGACGUUUGUCUGAUAUCGCAGGAAAAUUCUGAAGAGAAGCAUGUUUAUUCACGACUGCUGGCUGUGUCGGCAAAAUUGAGUCCCCUGUCAUUAAAGUUGGGCUAUGAUGCUGAUAUCGAGGAAAAUAUCAAAGACAUUUCGGAAAGAACCAUCGCUGCUGCAAACUCCGUAAAAGAAACCAUGACUGACGAAGGCUCUCGGGUUUUAGAUAAAUCGUUCUUAAUGACGUCAUUGUCUCCAAGUGACGUCUUGAUCACAAAUAUGCAAAGUUCUUUAAAUGCUGCGACACGAGCGCUGCAAGCAAAUAAGCAGCAGAUCAUUAGUCUUCAGGCAGAUAUUCAUAGCAACGUCGAAUCAUGUAGAGGACGGAAGACAGCGCACGAAUCUGAAUUGUUCACAAGGCGUACAAAAAUAUCAACUAUUCGCUUUGAAAUCGAAAAUCUAGAUGCCAGUAUAAAGGCGCAUCAUGAUGAGGCCUGUACUACAGAAAAUGGAGCAGCAGAAUUAGUCGAAAGGGCUCGUGAUUUAAGGCAUGCUGCUAGGAGGAAAGAAAAUAGAGCUGGAAUCGGGGGCAUCUUUGGUGGACUUGCUGGUGUGAUGUUAACGCCAGUUACAGGUGGAGCCAGUAUAGUACUGGGGAUGCGGGCAUUCAAACGGGGAUCAACAUCAAUGAUGCUGAAGAUUGCGAGAGAAACGCUAGACGUCUUCGGGAUGAGGCAGCGGCUAAGAGAAACAAAGUCCAAACACUAAGAUCGAAGAAAGCCUCUCUUGACGGCCAAAGAACGUCACUGGAAUCUGAAGUUGCAACAUUGAAGAACAGUACAGAUAAACUAAGUGAAGCAUCACAAGUCCUUCAGGAGGUGACUGAUUUCCUCCAUAUGUCAAAAGAUGAUAUUGACAAUGCCCUGAACGUGUUGCAGAGCACGGAAUCUGCAAUGGCUGAAGCUUUACAUCACAACGAUUCAUUAAAGAUUCUCCAGAACAUUUUUGCGCAACAACCGCAUAAACUUGACUGUUACGCACAAGUUUACCUGGACAAACUUAAGACCAAAUGGACACAGCUUGAGACAGUACUUCUGCAACAAGGUGCCAAAAGCAUAUCCUAUUACACAAAAAGGAAAAGUGAUAAAAAAAACUGAAGCAUACCAUGUUAGACAAUAAGGGUCAUAUGAUGAAAUAUUUUAGCAGAUAGAAGUCUGUGUACUAUCAAUGGCACUUUUUGUUCAGGAUGAGCUAUUAGUAUAGGUGGAUGGUCCGGCGUCCAACUUAAAUCGUCCUGCGUCAACAGUUUUGCUGUAAACAUCUACUCUGAAAUUACUGGUCAGAAUUACACGAAACUUGGCCAGUAGCAUUCUGGCAUAGACCUCUAUAUAUAAGUUCAUUCAAAUGGUUUACAUUGGCACCUUUAAGGGGCCAUCAGAGCUAAAAAUAGAAAAAAAAACAUUUAUAGAUAUUCUUCUCUUGAACCGCUUGGUGGAUCGUCAUCAAUCUUGGUCUGCACCAUUAAUACAUUCAUUCAAAUGGAGGCACUUGGCCCCUUUUAAUGGCCGCUGGAGCUAAAAUUAGUAAUACCUUGAAACGACUUCUUUUCAUGAACCGCUUGAUGGAUCUUCUUUAAACUUGGUUUAUAGCAUAAUUAUCAGAUUUUCUCCCAAUUUUAUACAUACGGGGGCACUUGGCCCAUUUUAGGGGCGGCUAGAGUUAGAAAUACCUUCUGACAACUUUUUCUCAUGAACUGCUGGAUGGAUCUUUAUCAAACUUGGUUUGUAGCAUCAUUAUAAGGUCUUCUCCCAAUUUUAGAAAUGCCUUUAAACGACUCCUUCUCAUAAGCCACUUUAUGGAUCUUCAUUAAACUUGAUUUUUAGAAUCAUCAUAAGGUCCUUCACCAACUUUGUUCAGUUUGGGGCACUUAGCCCCUUUUCGGGGCUGCUCGAUAGAAAUACCUUUCAACAACUUCUUAUUAUUAACCGCUUGAUUGCUUUUCAUCAGAUCUGGUCUAGAGGAUCAAUAUAAGGUCCUUCCUUAAAUUUAUUCGAUUGGCAAGUGGAAAUACCUUUUCUCAUGAGCCACUUAAUGGAUCUUCAUCAAACUUUGCUCGCUGCAUCAUUAGAAAGCCUCUCAGUUGUAUUCAAAUGGGGACAGUUGGCUUCUUUUAGGACCCGCUAGGGCUAAAAAUAAAAUUACCAUUUAACAAUUACUUAUUACUUAUUUCUUAUGAACCACUCAAUGAAUUUUCAUCAAACUUGGUCUGCAGCAUCACUAUAAACUCCUUUCUAAUGGAGCCACUAGAGUUAAAACUAGAAAUGCCAUUAAAUGACUUCUUUCCAUGAACCGCUUGGUGUAUCUUCAUCAAACUUGAAUUGUAGCAUCAUUUUAUGGUUCUUUAACAAAUUUGUUCAAUUGGAGACAUUUGGCCCCUUUUUAAGAGCUGCUAGAGUUAAAAAUAGAAAUACCUAUGACUAACUUCUUCUCAUUAACUCCUGAAUGGUUUUUCAUCAAACCUUGUCUUGAGCAUCAUUAAAAGGUCCUUUGCCAUGUUUGUUCGAUUGGGAGCACUUGGAUCCUUUUAGGGGCCACUGGAGCUCAAAAUAGAAAAACCUUUAAAGUACUUCUUUUCAUGAACCGCUUGAUGGAUCUUUAGCAAACUUAGUCUGUAACAUCAUUAUAAGGUCUUAUGUCAAAUGUGUUCAAAUGGGGGCACUUGAGCCCUUUAAAGGGCCACUAGAGUUAAAAAUAGAAAUACCUUUAAAUGAUUCCUUCUGAUGGUUGCGCGUUUUUGGUGCGUGACAGCAAAAUAUAGAAAAAAAACUUUUGUUUUAAUGAACAGCUUAAAGGAUUUUCACCAAACUUAGUUAGAAGUAAAGGCAGAUGGUUAAGGUUGUUCAGGUGAGCAAUUCAGGCCCAUUUGGACCUCUUGUUAUCAUAUUCUAGGAAAUCUCUGGUUGUUAAUUUCAUGUUCUGUAAAUAUAGCUUGUAUAUGUGUAUACAUUACUAAUACAAAAAAUAACAAUAAAUAUUACAAUCUCAAUAAAAUAUUCCCCCCUUUCAAAUUUCAUUAAGUAAGUAAAAUAACUUAAGGUCACUCUUUCCGUUUUUAAAUGGUGAACUAUCGUUAAAUUUUACAUAUUGCGAGUGUUGACUUUUGGCAAAAUCAAUACGAAAACAUAUAAUUUUGCAACGAACAUACGUAAAGUAGAAAAAUCAAUCCUUAAAGAAAUAAACCGCUUAAGACGCUUUGAAUGAUCGAAAUCAUGAACAGUCAUCGUGUUGUUUAGUUAAGGUCAUUUAUACAUUACAGCAUCGCUGUCGAGAAGUUGUGUUAAUUUUCUUUGUUUUUCGAUAUCUAUUCCUACUGUGACUGAAUAACCUUUAUGAAUUCUAAGAAUAAAUUGUAUUUACAUUUCUUCUAAGUAAAUAAAAUAUCAAUAUAUACAGUUUAGCGACUAAUUAGUUGUGCGAUGCAGCCGAAUUUCAAAACAUAGACAUCGGAACUCUUUUAAGCUCGGCGUAUCUUACACCAAAAUAUUAGUGGCGUUAAACAGUCAGCCUGCAGUCAUUUGUCAUCUAAGCUGGCGGAACGUAUGACUAGAUUGGUGGGGCAGAAUGAAACAGGCAUGGUUCGCGGGACGAACGGUUUUUGUUUUCAAUAUGCCACAUGCAUUUAUAUUUGAACCCUUAAUAUUUUGUGCCUUCCAUGUAAAACAACGUUAGAACGGGAAAUGUAGACGAAUUAAAAAGUUAGUCGAGAUAUGGUGAUACGCCAUAUAUAUCUUGAGCAAUUGCUAAGGCAACUAUGUCUUAGACUAGCUGACAAACUACAUUGAAUGCCCUUUAUUGAACCGUAGAGCAACUGAAAGCUAUAUAUGUCAUGC